CUGGGGCCUCGGAACGGGAGGGGAAAGGCAGUGUCUGGGUGUGAGCGGAGUAGAUGUCGACCCUAGCCACUGACGCCAGGCUGGCUCCCCUGGCUGCUGCCCCCAUGGGUGUGAAGGUCCUCCAGUGUUUUCCCUGGUACAGGAGGUGUAAAGACCGGGGCAAGGCCAGACACUGCCCCCCAAAAGCCUUUCCAUGCAUCGAGACGGAGCCCCCGUUUGCUCCAACAAGCCAUGCCAGUGAUGAUGCUGGAGGAGUUGUCUACUUUUCCCACAAGGCCAGAGUGGCCUACAGACAUCAGAUGGAAGGAAAUGUUAUAGAUGCCACCUACUGACCCAGAGGCUUGUCCUCCAGCCUCUGCUGUAGAAACACACUUUAAAGACUGUCAGGUCAGAAGGCUGUCUUAAUACGGACUGUAACCAUUUGCUUCAUUUAACCUGUCCAGACAGGAGAAUCACACUCUAGUUGAUAGUUAAUGAGCUGAGCUCUUGUCAAGGUUGGAGAUGCUUGAAAAAGAUGAAGGCUGAUGCGUUAUUUUGGAGAAUUGUCUGAUGAAUAUUAGAAUAUCUUUGAAAGAUUGCAGGUAACAAUUCUUGUAGAUAUGCGUUAACAAAACAUGUCGUUUACACUCUUGCCUUAAAGUGCAUUCUUCUUCUGUUAUUUUAUAAUUAGUCACUUUAUUUAUUGGCCUACAAUCCAAGUUGUGUAUUUCUGUCUGUUAUGCUAAAUGGGUUUGUAUCUAAACUAUUGUGUAGUAGUCCAUUUGCUGUAAAAUCUCUGCAAGUAGCAAGUGAUGUAUAACUACUGCUCAGCUAUACAAUUUAUGUGAAAUUUGUUAUUAACAUCACUUUACUGUAUAUUCUGUUUGUAUUUUCUAUCAUAAUCAGGACAUGCUAAUGCUAGGUUAAUAAUAAUGUGCAUUUUCAUUUACAUUUUGGAUUGCUGUUAAUAGCUUCCAGUUUAUGUAACCUUUGUACUGUGCUUCUAGUUGGGUCCAUGUUCUCUGUUAUCCUAUCACAGCUUUUAAACAGUUUUAUGAUUAAGACUGUAUUUUUGUAAGCCUGGGGAUGUCCUCAACUAACAGGCCUUUGUGACAGACAGUAAACACUGGUUAAAGAUUAACACUUAGUGAUGUGACCAAGCUGGAGGGAACUAUGGAGGUCAAUUUGACAGUGAAGCAGACAUGUUUUAUAUGUUUUAUAACCCUUUGUCCAUCAUAUGGAUGGACUAAGGGUUGAAUAUUGAAUGUGAGAGAGAAGUGAGAAGAGAGAGACAUUGAAUACUUCCAUGGAGAAAUACUCCAGUAUAUCUAGAGGUACUCAUUGUCAUGGUUUGUUUCAAACCCUUUCACAUGAGCAUCCAUUCAGUCUAUUUGAUAUCACUUCUAACUCAUUGUGUAGGUGCCCUUAUACCUACAUAUCAAAUAUGGAUAUCAUAUUUAAAUACAGCUGCCUGUUUUAUACCUUUACCUGUUUCAUUACCAUAGUAUAUUAUAAUGACAACCAGUUGUUUCAAUAAACAGUCAACCUAACUGCAAAUCUGAAA